GGCUAGUCUCCUGAUGACAUUCAGUGCUUCAUAGUCUGUGCAAACGUGUUUGCAAUUUGAAUUUUUUUAUUUACAUUUAUAAAGCGAAGUAAAAGUUUGUUGAUUUUUUUAAUUUUAUGGUUUUCUUUGUCACUUUCUGCGAAUUAUGAAUUCUCUAACCAAUGCUUUUCGAAUAAGUUCCUGCGUCUUUGGAGGAUUCAAAAAUAUUCUCCCUGGAAGAUCGACAUGGUUACUUCCUAUUCAAAUAUGCUCCUAUAAGAAAACAGCGGAAGAACGUCUGGGCAUAGAAAAACCUAAACGACCUUUAACACCGUUCUUUAAAUUCAUGGCUCAAAUGAGACCAGCCCUUUUAGCAAAGAAUCCUAGCAUUUCAUCCAAAGAAGCAAUAAGUUGGACUUCAAAACACUGGCAGCAGUUAGAUUUAGAGACCAAAACACAAAUGACUAAAGAAUAUGAGAAGGAUCUUGAAGAUUACAAAAAAAUUAAAGAAUUAUAUCAAUCUUCGCUCACUGACCAGCAAAAAGAAGAUAUUAAGAAACUAAAGGAGGAAAUGGCAGCUGCCAAGGAAAAGCGAAAAUUAAAAGCUGAAUAUAAAGAAUUAGGGCGUCCUAAAAAAUCUAUGUCUUCGUAUAUCCUGUAUAUGAUGUCUAGAAAAGAUACAUCACAGGCUAAUGACUUUAAGAGUUAUCAAGAAAAAGUUAAAGCUGACUGGCUUCAACUUCCAGAAAGUGAAAGAAAAAAGUAUGAAAAGCAAGCACAAGAGCAAAUGAAUAAAUACAAGAAAGAUUUAGAAGCAUGGGAAAUGAAAAUGAUUUCCAUUGGUCGCUCUGAUCUAGUGCGUCAGAAACCAACUCCCAAAAAGAGGUCAAAAAGUAUUAAGAAUGAAUAGGGACUCGGGUGCUCUGACAAAACUGAUCAAUUCAAUGACAGUAAUAAGUACAAUGAUCUAGUAACAACGCCUAGUUUAAGUAAUAAAAAUAGCUCUAUGGAAAAACCAAAUAGUAUUACCAACAGUCAAACAGAACAGUGUCAGAGCACGGGUGCCAGAAAUGAUUCCAAGCAGACUGAACCGAAUUCAAGUGAGAAUACAAAAAAAAAGUUUAUUAGUAAGAUUAAGCACUUCUUUAAAUUUUAGUUUUAGAUUGACAUCUGAUGCUUGUAUGUUAAGUGAUAAAAGGUUCAUUAUGUA